AUGAUAGAACCCUCUGAAGACUCAUUUGAGACGAUGAUGGAGCUUAAGAAUCCAUCAUCAAAACAAAUGGAGUCCUCCGAGGGCUCAUCCAACACCGUUGAGGAGACACCAGGCAACAUCGGGGCACAGGCGGCGGCAGAGGCGGGCUCAGCCAGCGGCCCAGCCCAGGAGCCACCCAGUGGCUCGAUGAAGGAAGUGGAAGAGCUGCCCACUGAUCUACUCCAAGACAUGGAGAAGUCAUCCAGUGGUCCAUGUGUGAAAACAGAGGAUCCACCGAACGACCUACUCCAAGACUUGGAGGAGUCACCCAGUGCCCCGUGCGACGAGACAGAGGAUGCGCCAAACGUUCCGUUCGAAGACCUGGAGGAGUCCUGCGAUAUUUCACAUGAGGAAAAUGAGGAUGAUCCAAUCAGUGAUAUAUCUGAUGGCCUGUAUGCGGUGUCAGCCAAUUCCUCUGAGACCCUGACAGACGGAGACGACGACACUAACCUGGAUGAUGGGGAAUUCGGAGAGGAGAGUCAGGCCGGGAACUCUCCAGAAGAAGUCGUGUCCAGGAUGGGGUCCAUCAUCUCGCUGUUCCUCCGAAUGCAAGACGUCAGACAACAACAGAUAGUGGCAGAGGAGAUCUUGACGGAUGCUAUCGAUGAAGGCCGGCUUCCGUCCAUCAGGCCCUUCUCCGGAGAUCGCAGAGAUUACCAUGAGUUCAUUGUGCUCUGCCAGAUGACCAUGCAGAACUACCCAGCAAUGUUCUCCAGUGAUCACAUACGAGUGAAGUUUUUCAUCCACCACAUGUCUGGCUUCGCCUCAGAAUGGGCCAACGACCUGAUAGAGCAGAACAGCCCCCUGCUGAACGACUUCUCAGGCUUCCUCGGGGCCUUGUCAGAAAAGUUCGAGUACCGGCAGACACUGCGUGUGGCAGAAGACGCCAUGUUCAGUAUCAGGCAGGGGAACCGUAGCGUCGCUGAUUACAUCAAUGAGUUCCAGAGUCUCGUACCCACCUUGGACUGGCCAGAUGAAGUCCUGCAGGCCCACCUGUGCCAAGGGCUCAAUGAAGACAUCAGGCACUAUCUGUUCCGGAUCCCUCAGCCGCAGUCCCUGCACAACCUCAUGGUGCUGGUCCUGCAGAUCGAAGAUAAACUGGCUGAGAGAAGAGCAGUGCUCAGGCUGCCCCCUGAGUCCCGCCCAAGGAACAUGACCUGGAUCGACUCACCUGCCCCAGAGAAGUGGAGGGUGAGCAGCUGGCUGCCAUAUGCAUUCCAUCCAGACAUUGAUCGUGCCCACCUGUUCCUGUUGCUCAUGGUGAGGGUUAGCCCCUACCACAGCGUCGCAGUGCAGGCCCUGUUGGACUCAGGAGCAGAGGGGAACUACAUGGAUGAGAAGUUUGCCCAAGAACACUACGUGGAGCUCUAUGAGAGGCCCUAUCCACAGGCAAUCCAAGCGGCAGACGGCUCCCUGAUCGGAAACGAACCCACGUGGCUCUACACGGAACCCCUGAUGUGUGUCCAGCAGAACCAUUACGAAUACAUCGAAUUUGACAUCGUACCUUCGCCUCUCUUCUCUGUGGUCUUAGGCAUCAAGUGGCUCCGAACCCACGCACCUGACGUCGACUGGAUCAAAGGCCGCUGCACCUUCCACUCUCCCUACUGCCUGAAGAACUGCUUCACUCCACCCCCACCAUGCAUCGCACUGGAACAGUACAGCAUGAGCCUGCUCCCUGGAUUGCCACACCCGUACUCAGACCUGGCCGACGUGUUUAACCCGAAGGAGGCAGAUGAUGAGACUUCCGACCAGCCAAGCUCAGACGGAUCCGAUGAUCUUUCUGAAUCAGAGCCCUCUGAGCUUCAGCAGGCUGGAGACAGUGAUCGUAACGAUGUCUUUUACGAGUGUCGUUCCAGGGUGCCUUGGGUGUCUGUGAGUGCCAGGAUGCAUGAAAAAGCCAGGCAGCAAGAGGAGUACUGGAUACUGUAUGACAUGCUGACUGACAAACAAGACUACAUACAGAUGAUACCAGAACUGUUUGACCAGUUACAUGGAGCUGCAUGGUUCACAAAGCUGGAGCUGCGUAGGGACAUUAAGGAAGCUGACAUCAACUACAGCGUCACACGCACAGAAGACACAUGGAGAGCAACGUUUGGUUUGAACCUUCACCAGAUGAGAUGCUACCGGCCCUUUACAAUGUGCUCAUUCGCUGAUGAAUCAGACAAUGAGAUUCACUACAUCCUAAAAGACAUCCUAGGCUUCUAUGUGAUUGCCCGUGGCCAAGAGGUCCUGGUCUACUCAAUGAGCCAGGAGGAACACUUUGAGCACGUCCGCCAAGUCCUGCUCCGCUUCCGCAACAACAACGUCUACUGCUCACUGGACAGAAGCCAGUUCCAUCGCCAGACCGCAGAAAUCAUGGGCUUUGUCCUAUCCCCCAAAGGGGUGAAACUCAACAAGACUCUCAUGAAUCUCAUCAUGGGGUGCCCUGUCCCAGGCAACAGGAGGUGUCUGCAAACCAUCAUCGAACUCGUCUACCCCUACCGCCACUUCGUGGAGCACUUCGCCAUCAUCGCAGCCCCCCUGCUGAGGCAGCUGCUGAGUUCAGAGCCCUACUACUGGGGAGAAGAGGAACAGGAGGCCUUCGAGUGCCUCAAGAGAGCUUUCCGCAAGGCACCCAUUCUCUACCACCCCAAGCCUCAGAACCCAUUCUACUUGGAAACGGGAGUCUCCGGCCCAUUCCUGUAUGCCUCCCUGGUGCAAACCGACGAAGAAACGGGCAAAAAAGCUACCUGCGCUUUCUACUCACGACGCCUCUCCCCAUUGGAGGUGGAGUACCCUCAAGUGGAGUUGAGGAUCCUUCCAAUCCGGGCUUCCUUCAUGGUGUGGUGCCGCUACCUGGAGAACACCGAGGAGCCCAUCAUGAUCCUUCUCAACACAGAGGAUCUAGCCUCUCUGAAUAAUGACAGGCUCACCGUACUUCUCCCCGGGCAUUGGGUCUUCUUCUUCUCGCACUUCCGUUUCGAUGUCAUGGAGCUGCCUGAUGAAGAUGACCCACGAGCUCUGUUCCAAAGGAGAAGUCAGAACCAGAGAGGCCUCCGAGGGAGGUUCAUGCGGCCACUGCUGCUUCUCGCCAUGAGAGCAGCCCAAAGGAACAUCUCCUCUGACUUCGAUGAAGACAUCUCAUACGAAGAAUCUGAAGAUUACAACCAGCAGAACGGGGUACAGGAGCUACUGGCUACCAUCCCGAUAGAGCAGAUCCUCAAUGGCUUCCUGGCCCAUUUCAGUGUGACUCAGAUCCGGGCUAUUGUCCUGAACUUCUUCCACAGCCUGCUCUACUGGAAGAGUACCCUGGGUGUGGCAGCGCUCCUGGUGAUCAUGAGGGUGAAGCGGUACCUCUCUCCAUUGUCUUUCCGAUCUUGGGAGGUGGACAGGCCUCAGCCACGGCACACAAUCCGACUCGUCCUGGACUCGUCUCUCAUUGCAGGUAGUGGCAUGGCCACAGUCAUUGCUCAGUUGUUCAGACAGAUGCCCCCUCUUAUGAGAGUCAACACCCGCCCAGCUCGAGAGCUGGCUGAGCUGCUCCUGAGUCCCAGGUGCUGGCAUCGCAAUGCGCUGCAUUCCCGGCCCCCACGGGGCAUGCGACUCACACCUGGGUUCUGGUUGACCCUGUGUGAGUUCUUCGGGGUCAGAGUCAACCCUGAGGACGAUGCCAUCUUCCCUGCCCCACACCAGCACCGGUACUUGGAGCUGCACGUCGUUGGUGAUGAAGAUGUCGUCUUGCGAGAAGCCCUGCAAGACGACCUGCAACGUUACCGUCAUUGGGGCCUGCAUGACGGCCUGCAAGACACCUCGCAGGACGCGCAGGACAACGACGUGCGACAACACCUGCUUGGCGACACACAAGUGCUCACCUUCCGCCCACAAAAUCUACUGGACCCAGUGGUCCUAGAUUUCCUCAACAACCGCCUACUCUACAUUCUUGGUGCCGAUGGACAGCUUACUCUGCUCAGCAGAGAUGAGGUGGCCCAGGCCCUGGCACGAUUCCUGGCCAUGGCCUCCAGAAUGGUCCCGCCUCGCCCAGCCAGGCAACGGGCAAGGCUGCAACAGCUAUCGGACUCAUCAGAUGAUGAGCUUGACUGA